AUGGCUUUGGAAGGAAUGUUAUCAGCAGGGAAAGAAGAAGGUAGGCUAGCUAUUGAAAGAGGUGAUGUAGACCAGUAUGGUCGUCCUAAAAUAGCUGUUGUAGCCGAUGGUGCUUGGAGCAAACGCUCUUAUAGAACAAAUUAUAAUGCAUUAUCUGGUGUUGCUUGUAUUAUUGGAGCAGUUACUAAAAAAGUUAUUUUUUUCGGCGUGAGAAAUAAAUUCUGUUGUGUGUGUUUUUCGGCCAAAAAGCAUGAUAAAGGACCAGGGCCUCAUCAUUUUUUUUUGAAUUGGAAUGGACCUUCCACAGCUAUGGAAGCAGACAUAAUUGUCGAUAGGUUUAAACAUAGUUUAGAGAUGCACAAUCUUAUUUAUUCACAGCUAAUUGGUGAUGGUGAUAGCAGCGUUAUGAAACGUUUACGCAUUGCUAAACCUUAUGGACCUAAUUUUAUAAUAAAAAAAGUUGAAUGCAUCAACCAUUUAUUGCGAAACUACAUUAACCGAUUAAGAGAUUUGACAAGCAAACGAAAAAAUUCCAAAGGUGAACGAAUACCGGGUUAUCUUAGAAACAGUAUUCAAACUCGUCUGUUACGAUUACGAAAUAUACCGUAUGAAACCCGAUUAACGGAUCUAAAAUCAGAUUUGGUAAAUGGGCCCAACCAUGUGUUUGGAGAUCAUACAAAAUGUAGAAAGUACUUCUGUCAGGGCAAAAAAGAAGGUGAAAAUAAUCUUGUCGAUGAACUAAAACAAUUUGAACUAUGGGAUGAUAUUACACGGGCUAGACAUUUAUUAACUUACCACACGGAAAGUCUAAUGUAUAAUUUUAAUAAUAAUGCAGCAGAACUAUACAAUUCAAUCUUGGCCAAAUUUAUCGGCGGAAAACUUGUCAACUUUUCUCACAAAGGCUCUUAUGAACUUCGAUGCAAUGCGGCAGUUACAGCUUACAACGAAGGGGCAAAUCGUCUAUCUUUGUUUAAUAAACAAAUAACUGAUAAAAGCCCUGGGAUGUAUACUAAAAAUAACAUAAAAAAAAAAUAUGAAGAUUACGGAAAUGUAUUACAUGACCCGUUCUCAGAUUUAACUGAAAGUCAAAUUGAAGAGUAUAAACGCGAAUACUUGGAUAAAUUAUCAUUGUCUAAGAGUGAAAUAAAAAUGUUGGAAAUAAGAACAAGGCAACACCAAUGUGAAGAAUGGUAUAUCGAAAGGAAAAAACGACUUACAGCAUCCAUUUUCGGAAAAGUUUGCAAGAUGCGUGAUAAAACGUCACGUGCUAAAACUGUGGAAAAUAUUUUAUUUGGCACAUUCACUGGAAAUGCCGCCACUAGGUAUGGAAUUGCCAAUGAAAUAAUCGCUAAAGAACAAUUAGAAGAUCUUCUAAAGCAAAAAAUACUACCUGUGGGCUUAAUGGUUGACAACAGUAUGCCAUUUAUAGCAGCUUCCCCUGACGGAAUACUAGAUGAUGAAUCGUUAGUUGAAAUUAAGUGUCCAGCUAGUGCUAAUGAACUUGCACCAGAAGAUGCUAUACAGAACAACAAAAUUAAAUGUUGCUCAAUUAAGGAUGGGCAAUUGUACUUAAAACGCAACGAUAAUUAUUAUUAUCAAGUUCAAGGUCAACUGCAAAUCAGUCAAAAGACUUAUUGCUAUUUUUGUGUAUGGACCCCAAAAGGUUUGAUGUAUGAAAAAAUAAAAAGAGACAACGAUUUUUGGAAAAUUAAUAUGGAAAGUAAAAUUAAAACGUUUUAUUUAGAAAAUCUUUUACCCGUCAUAAUCAAAGAAAACCUUAGGCAAUAA